AGUUACUAGAAAACUGUUUAUGGGGGUAGAGGGGUCAUAUCAAACGAGUAAAAACUGACGAUAUCCCAGACUGAGAACAAAUAUAAGUGGAUAUGUGAUAAUAUGAGAACAUAACGAGCCUUUCAGAACUGAGUAUCUGGAGCAGCUAGCAUGCAGGUCCUGAGGCAGUGCUGUGAACUGUGCUUUGCACCCAAUACUGUUUCCAGAUUUGUCCGCAUUUUUCCUCGAGCAGCUCUCUUUUUUCUAGUUUUACAUAUUGUUAUUCUAAUCAUCACUGUGAUAAACUAUGCAAACCGCAAAGAGCCAUUAGAUACACAGAAACAUGAUGUCUUGGCUGAGGAUGAUUUGGGAUAUGUGAAGCUUCCACAUCCUCCACACUCAGCUGAGGAUAAUAAGGAAAAUAAUAUGAAUCAUAAACGAAAAGGCAGAGUGAAGCGAGUUGAUGUUGUGAAGUUGGCAAAUGAAUGACCCUUGCCCAACAAGAAAUCCUGUGUAUUAUCUGUUUCAGCAUUUUUACAUACAUGUAUCCUGUUCUUUUUUUGUAAACAUAUAUAUGUAUAUCAAUGCCUUUUAUGAAAUGCAAUUAACUAUAGAUAGAUUCAAGAUUUAAGCUGCUGUUGCUUUGAUCUCUUUGUAUGGUAUGAAUAUUGUUAUGUACUUUACAUAUUAAUUGCACAUGAUGAUACAGAAAUUGUAAAAAUUAAUCCUGAAAUAAAUGAGCACUGCAUCUUUUA